AUGACGCCGGCCGGGACUCCCUUCUCCCCGUGCGCACGCCCCAGCCGCCGCGCGGAGGCCCUCCAGCGCAACGCCGCGGUGGACCGAGACGCGUCCGCCGCUCCUGCGCCUCCUGCCGAUCUGGCCCCGCCGCCCCUCUUCCAGAUCUACUCGCCCGCGCCGACCCGCCGCACCCGGCAGGCCCUCCCCCACCGCCGACCCGACGGCGGCCGUGGCUUUCCCCUCCCCGGCUGUUUCCUCCCGCGCCCGCGCGGAAGAGGCAGCUGGAGAUCCUCUCCUCUUCUGGUCCAUGGUACACCUGAUUGGGCGCCUGGCCUCCGUGUACUGUCCGUCCACGGCUCACCUCGCCUCCCCUUCAGCCCGCCGGCAGUGGUGUCGGCCAACUCGCUCACACGCCGCUCGCUCGCUCGACACGACGCGCCGCGCCCCCUACCGCCGCUCCUCGCCGCGACGCCCCGGACCCGCUGGCCGUCCCUCGUCGCCGCCCCUCCCUCCUCCCCGGAGCGCCCCGGACGCGCCGGACUCCUCCCCGGCCGGAGCGCCCCGGACGCGCCGCCCCGCCCCCGACCCCUCCGGCUGCGCCGCGCCGGCUGGGCCUCGUCCGUCCUCGCCGCAACCUCCUCCUCCCCGGAAGCCACGCCGCCCUGGACGCGCCGGACAGCGCUGCCCCGGACGUUCAGCUUCGGAGACUCGGUGGCCGAGACUGGCAACAUCUGCGUCGUCAGCAGCAGCUCAACGGAGCUCGAAGUGCUCACCUGCACGCACCCGCCCUACGGCACCACCUACUUCAGCAGGCCGUCUUGCCGGUGGAGCGACGGCCGUGUCGUUGUUGACUUCAUUGGGACCCGCCGGCCGUCCCUCGUCGCCACCCCUCCCUCCUCCCCGGAGCGCCCCGGACGCACCGGACUCCUCCCUGGACGCGCCGCCCCGCCCCCGACCCCUCCGGCUGCGCCGCGCCGGCCGGGCCUCGUCCGUCCUCGCCGCAACCUCCUCCUCCCCGGAAGCCACGCUGCCCCGGACGCGCCGGACAGCGCCGCCCCGGACGCGCCCCCUUCUCCCCGCACGGCCCGGGACAUGCCGUGGAGCCCCUCCUCGCCUCUGCGCCCGUGGACGCGCCGGCUGCGCCCGUCCCUUCCUCCCCGCACGGCCCGGAACGCGCCGCAGGGCCCCGCCCCGAGGCGGCCGCGCCCCUGUCCGUUCGUGCCCGUGGUGACCCGAGACGGCGGCACCCUGGACCUCCUCGCCGCUGUCACACCGACGACCUACCCGUGGUGA